CUUGCCUCUCUGGGUGUGUAAUCUGGCAAGAGUGAGUCAUUCACAUGUUCAGCAUUUAAAUUAAAAUGAGAGAGCAGGGCAGGAGAAGGUGGGAGGAGAGAAACAAAACACCACAAAAUCCCUGAAAAAAUAAAGCAAGAGAUGUUACAACCCGAAUUGGUAAAUAUAAUUCAUAGUUACCAGAAGUGUGAGAAAUUAAUCUUACUUUCAUCAACACUACUUUCUAAUAAUUGUCCUGCAAUAAUUUUUGUAGCCAAAGUGCAGAUAUUAAGGGGAUUUUUGGUUGGUUGGUUUUUGGUUUUUUUGUUUGUUUGGUUGGUUUUUUGGGUUUUUUUGUGGUUUGGUUGGUUUUUGGGGUUUUUUUGUUUGUUUGUUUCUGUUUUUUGGUUUGUUUUAAAAAAAAAAUGACAAACCCUCUGGCUUAGCUUUAGUGGUAGUUACACACUUAACCUCUAGAAUGUUAAGGAUGAAAGUAAUAUGCUUGAAUUACCAGAACAAGGACAUUCUAAUACAAGAUUACUUUGUUUGUCUUUCUCAAAAUGCUGUAGAUAACAUUAAGAUUUAGUUUAUGUGGAGUUAAAAGGGUAGUUGUUCUUACUCACCCCUUCAAAAGGCAUAUAUCUUUAAAAGUAGGGGGAAAAAAGGAAAAGCUUUAAUAGAGGUGUUAGUAUUAAAUACCUGUAUAAUGUAUGCCUUCUUAUUUGCUUUACUGUUAAGAAGUAAACUCCCCUAUACAAAUUAAACACUAGAAGGAAGGAAAACAAAACAAUCCUCACUGUAGCUGAAGAAACUGUAUUUUACAUUUUGCUAAUUUGCCAGCAGCUGUGUAGAAACAGGAGCAAUACUUAACUCCCAGUAGUAGUUAGUUAAUAAACUCAUUCCCUCUUUAUGUUUUAAAAUGUUUAGCCCAACUAAACAGUUGUUGCCAGAUUUGCUUUUACAUGUACAGUGCAUCUUUUAAUAGCUGUUUGAAAUGAUAAGCAGAAUACUCUUUGGACUUCUCAGCAAAACUUUAAUAUACUUUGUGUAUAUUAAAUUAGGAUAAGCAAAAAAGGGAACAAAGCAAACAUCAAAGUCUGUCCUAAUGAAGUAAAAUUAAACAUCAGUCUGUAACUGAACAGGAUCAAGAUAUGCUUGAGCUGUCAUGACCUUAUAACAGGUAAUUUGUAUCAUUUAUGUCAGGUUGAAAGUGGAUUGUUAGGGUCUGUGUGUCACAAAGCAGUACGAUUCCUGCAAGACGAGGCAGAUUUAAAUUUUGUACUUCAGCUGAAUAUCCAAGGAGAUCUGGUAGAGAUUGCUUUGGUAAUGGCAUUUGGUCCUACAAACUUGUCUAAGGGUUAGAUCAUAAAAAUCUGGGUUUUUUGCAAUCCCUAAUUUUAUUGCAGUUUAUCAGAAAUGUAAUUUGAUUACAGAACACACAAUGACAUUUGCCACUAACAUUUCUUUAAAUAAGUUAAUUAAUGUGGUCAAAGAUGCAAGUUGCAGUCUCUCUGAGACAUCUGUAAGAAACAAAGUGGGAGUGGAGUUCACUUUUUUAAUUCAAGUCUUGUGCUGCAACACUUGUCUUUUAACAUGAAGAGUGAAUUUUCACUGUGCUAAGAAAAAACAUUUGUGAGGCUUUCACUUGGUGCUAGUAAGGUAGUUGCAUGACCUGUGACUGGAAUUUCAGUGCAUUUCACAUUUCUCUUGUUAAAAGGUAAAGACCAUGACUGGUAGUACAGGGGGAAAAAACUGUGUAGACAUUAUGCUGGUAUAAAAUGUUUAACUAUCUUUUGAAUUCAGCUACUCGUUCUGACUCACUGCUCUCCAGCAAUGAAGCACUUUUUAAGGAGACCGUGCAAAGAUGAAGUGGAUUCACAGAGUUUGAAGUUAUCCCUGCAGUUCAGAUAAAAUUAGGCAUACAUUCUCCUAGGAAAAAAAAAAAAAAAAAAAAAAAAAGGCCACCAACCCACAUGGAAUCCAGUAGCUGUACUGUUAGUACAGUGUCCAUUUAGUUUCUUGGUUUGGAAUUAAAUCUCACAUCCUCUUCCAGGAACAAUCAGCAUUACUGUAAGAGUGGGCAGCUAUAAAGCUUUCCUGCAAUUGUUUUGGUAGUGCUUUUAAAGGAGAGCUGUCCCUGAGCUUUGACUCAGCUCCAGAGGUACAGCAGCAGCAUUAAGCCUUGAGCCCUGUGUCACUUCUUGUUUUUUAAAGCUGGCUUGUCAGAAGUUGCUUUUGUUCAGAAGAUCCUGCCAGUCCCUUCUGUACUGUUCAAAGUUGUACCUACUGACUUGAAGCAUUUUUGUAUGAGUUCCCAGCAGCACCUCUCUGUCAGUGCAGCUGGUUACUGGUGCUGCAGUGAAGCUAAAUUGCCUUGGUUUCGCUGCUGCUUGAGAGACCCUGUCUCUUCCUGGCUUUCCAGUAGAGCUGUGUGUUCCCAUUCUGUAGACAUUUCCCCUUCUUUAUUAAGGUGUUGGAGGAGUAGGUGAGAAGUACUUUUUUUUUUCUUUAAGGCAAGCAUUGUAGUACAGUUUUUCUAAAUAUCCAUUAAAAUGUUCCACCCUUUCUCUCCUCAAGCUUGAACCUUCCUAGUCCCUUGAACCAGCUGUAUGCUGUUACUACCGUGUGUAUUACCAGUACUGCUACUCCUCUGUGUUUGGUCUUAGAGAAUGGAUCCACCUGGCAAGGAUAACAGUAACCAGCAAUGAUCCUGUAGCAACUCCAGUGCUAACAAUAGGAACACAAACUGCACAGAGGGAAGAUGAUCUCCAAGCAUGGACUGCAUAGCUGGGGGAAAAGGAUAUUUCUUCUCCUAGAAGCACUUUUACCACUGCUAACUUUCUUGAAGUUUUCAGACUUUCCUGAGGAAAACAGUAGAGAUCUUACAAAGAUGAAGGAAGUGCAAGAUAAAAGAGCAAGUGCAGAAUUUCAAAACCAGGUUUUGCAGUGAAGUCAGUGUAGUCAGGUGUUACUGGGCAGUUGUUGCCUUGAGGAUACUUGGUGUGUUUGUUUUAGGUGUGUGAAUGAAGUAGUUAGGAGUUUCUUACAUCCAAGACCUAAAGCAUUUCACUGUAGCUCCUUACCAUUAAUUCAGUGAGUUAACAGGCUCUGAUGCAUUUGUUCUGUUGGUGCGUACUGUGGUCGCAGAGGCAGAAGCUACCUUUCUUGUGAUUACAAUCCCUCGGUCAGUCAGGCGUGCGAGCUGCCCGCAUUCCCGGGAGCGCUCCCCGGGAAGAGGGGCAGGCCCGGCCAGCGCGGCGUUCAAACCGCUCAUCCCGACACCCCCCGCGACGGGCCCGCCCGCCGUUCAUUGGCUCCGCCGCGGCACUGCCGACUUCCCAUUGGCGGGGCUGCCGCGGUGCCCCGCCCCCAGCCGCCGGUGGCGCGGCUCUGGGCACUGCCGCGGGCGCGGCGCCCGCCCGCCAUGGCGCUGCUGCUGCUGCAGCUCCUGCGGCGGCUGCUGCGCUACCUCGGCUGGCCGCACCAGCAGGCCGCGUUUUUUGAAACUCACGCGUUUGGCAGCAGUAUCAGUCGUGCUCUCGGAACAUGCCUUCCUUCAGCAGCCUCAUCGGGAGGGCAUUUCCAGCAGUUAUAUGCUGUCAUAAGGAAGUAUCAGGCCAAGGUAACAUCUGUUUGCAAAAAAAAGGAAUAUGGAUCUACUCGAAGUGUUGUCCGUAGACUUGGGACAAUUCUGUCCUUGGAGCCCUACCCCAGACCUUACUUUCAAUUUGUUCAAGACCCAAGUCCAUUGGGUUAUGAUGAACAAAGUGCAGCUCCAGCUCCUGUGGCUCCAUCACUUGCUGAUGUCCUGUGGGUGGCAAAUGACGAAGGACAAGCAUGUACUAGACUUAGGACUGAAUUGAGGAGAAAAGAGAAAAGUACAGCUCCUCCUGAUCCAUAUCCACGUCUGGAUUCAAUACAGCGCAUUCCAAAAAACAGUGCACAAAAAGUCGGUGUGGAUCAAGCAGCACUCCAGAAAAUUUCUGCACUUGAAGAUGAGCUGACCUUUCUUCGUGCUCAGAUUGCUGCAAUUGUUUCAGUGCAGACCUUGGGAAGCAUUCCCUCAAAAGCCUUUAAAACACUCAGCACUCCAGAUGGAUUUUACCCACUGCCAGCCAUGACUUCUACACCAUUGUCCGUCUCUCACCAUCACUUUGUAAUUCCCUCGCCUCCUCCACUUCCUUCUGGUGCACCAUCUGGUGUUGAUGCUAGUAAUUCUGCACUGGAACUUAUCAAACAACGCCGAGCUGCAAGAAACAGCGAUUCAGCUGCAGCGAACAAUACUGAUCACCAGAGGACAAAUACCUUUCCCAGUAUGAUGGAUGUUUUGAAAGACCUAAACAAAGUUCAGUUGCGAGCUGUUGAGAGGUCUCCUGGAGGUACACCUCUUUCUAGACCCAAAAAGAUGCAAAGUUCAGAUUGGGAUCCCAUUGCUGUACUAACUCACGCUCUAAAGCAGAAGUUUGCACAUCAAAAUUAUGAUGAAGACGAUUCCCUGGACAAAGAAAAUAAUUCUUUUGAUAGCUCUCCAUUUUCUAGUCCUGAGGUGCCAGUGGUUGGGUGCUGCAGUCUGAAGCCAAAUGCAAAACUCAGCCUUACAAGAACUGAUGGAGUUAAGCAGGUACCAGCGUGGAAAGCAAGAGCUCACAUAUAGUGGAGACUUCCAAGGAAAGUUCAGUGUAUAUGGGUGGUGGGUCUACUUGGAGACUGCUGUAAGGUGCUGUAAUGUGUUGUUCCAGAUCAUGCCUUCCUAUGUUGAAGUUUGGGUGUUUCAGGGUUUGUGAAAUUACCUCUUCCUUCUCUCUGGUUUCUCAGUAGCCAAACUUGUGAAUGUGAUGCUUUUACAAGAAGCAGAGAACUGAGAGAAGGUUUCUAUUGCUAUGGAGCAGUGCCUUUGGAACCUGGGGAAUUCAAGAAAGCAGUGUGUAGGGGAGGAAAACAAAGAUUUAUUGCUGUGGGAGCUGAGGUAUAUGCUCUCUUUGCACUCCAGUGUAAAUAACAAGGAAGUGUAAAGUUUUUGUAAGUGUGUUAUAACUACUGUAUAUAAUGGUAAUACUUUUUCAUGAGAGAGGCAUAGUUGCCUUGGUUUUCUUUGCAGUUUACUGAUGCAACUCCUUACUCCAUGUUCAAACAGUUUUCUAAUUUAUUUUAGGUCAGGAGAUGAACUUCCUCAUUUGUGGAAUUUUGUGCUGUGACUAAAUGGCAGGUCAUUUAUUAAAUGCCUGUAAUAUGAGGGAGUUGCAUUCUGAGGUAAAAAAGACCUUGCAGAGAGAUCUUAUAGCACACAGUCUAAAUUCCAUAUGUAAUUAAAUAUUAAUUUCUGUCUUGGUAUGUGCAUGUGAACUCAGUUUUGUUCAUGAGAGCUUAUAAAAUAAAAUUCUCUUUAUAUUGUAGAUGUGUGUGGUAGUGGCCUUUUGUGUUGCAGACUCUUUUGGAUCUUAAGAACUGAUCAUAUUAGACAAGUUCUUAAAUUAUCUAAAACUAAUUAAAGAACAACUAGUAUUUUUUCCUACCAGAGUAGGACUGACUUAAUAAAGCCACUUAUUUACAAAUUUAUUAAGAUCCAUUGGUUACAGGAGCUGCUUUCACCUAAUCUUUUGUCUAAUGAAAAACCCAAAUCCUGUCAGACUGUUGAAUGUGUCCUUUAUAUCCCAUGUGUCUUCUAUUUCUCUGCUCACUUUCAUGGAGAAGACUGACAGCUGCAUCCCCUCUUACUGCUGAGUCUUAUUUGCACUGUUGUAAGAAAUUAUUGUGCAAAUACCAUACUUGCAUUUUGGUUUUAAAAAUUGUCUUUUGACUAAAACUGGACCUUAAUUGAUUUGGUAUAUUAUGCUUCUAAAAUUAAAUCCUCUAUGCAUUUAUUUCUUCUGGAUUUAGUAAUUAUUGAACUUUAUCAUAUUCUCCCAUUCAUUGGUUGGUCUGUAACAGUUUGGCCUUCACUUUCCUCCAAAAUAAGCAUUUGUUCCUUUCUCUACCUAAACUUGGUAAUUGCUAUGAGAUCUGUACAGAAUAUCCAGCUCAUCCCCAUACUGGAUCAUUUUACCCUGUUCCAUCAAAGCUCCUCAUUGUAUUUUGUCUGCUGCUCUGGUCUCUGCUGUGCAGGAGCAGCAGGCAGUGACAGUGAAGGAAGUCCAUGUGGUGUCUGCUGAAGUGGACACGCAGGCAGGUGAGAGCCAGUGAGCAUAAGGGCUGUGAAUUGGCUCCCUCUUGUUCAGUAUCUGCAGUGCAGUGAGUGCAAGUGAUCUCCUGCUCGAUGUCAGCAUUCCUAGAUCCAGGGGGUUUCGGAGGUUGUGGCCCUGCUGUUGUGACUGACAAGCAGAAUGGAAUUCCUUCUUUGAGCGACUGAAUUGUGUGCAAGGCCAUAUGGUAGUUACGUCAGUUGCUUUAUUUGACCAACAGUUUCUUCUCUUCAUGAAGAACAAUUAGUUUGGACUCCUUUUGCAAUUUUUCUGUUCUCCCCAGAGUUUGUCAUUUAACUACAAGUUAGGCCAACAGGAGCGGUUUGCGGUGAGAAUUUUGACUUUGGAAGAGUAUUUUCAUUUUAGAAGGGACUUCUGAGAAAUUUCUUAGUACCUCUUAACACAAUCUAGUGCCAGAAGUAUCUGCAAAUUUUAGUGAGCUGUGUGACCCUUGUGGUUGUUGGAUACUGUCUGAUUUUUGUCAUUUUGAUGUGAAUUGCGCAGUGAUGCAGUUCAUAGCUGACCCACUUCCUUAGCAAAAAGAAUAAGUAGUGGACCAUGUGAUUUUUAUUUCCCCACCUACACAUAUUACAAGAACAGAUUCUUUAUUUUAUGUAGUUCCAGAUGUAAAGAAGUCUGUGGGUGGUAUCUGGUAACAUCUGACAGUUUUUAAUACCAAGAAGUUGGAAAGCUUAGCAAAAAUUAGUAAUGAAAAGUUCUAUCACUCAUUGCAGAGGUUUUUCUCCCUUUUCAUAACUGAUGGAAAUGCAGCUUUGUCAUCUUAUUUUCUUUGACUAAAACUCCUGUAUCAACAUCUGGGAAGCAGCUUUAGGUUCUCUGAAGUUUCCUGUGCCCACCUAGAAUCCAUUCCAUGUUUUUCCUACAAAUGCCCUUGUUUACAUAAUGUCCCUGACCAAAUUGCUCAGUCACAGUGCAACUCAAGAGUUGUGCUAUUGAUGUGGGAGAGGAGGAGGAGACUCAGGAACACAAGGGCUCUAUUGGUCUGCUGGCAUAUCUUGUGAAAGGUUGUGCCUUCUUAUCACUGAAGUCUGAAAAACUUACACUCCUACCACUCCACUUUUUGGGCAGGAUGUCUUCCUUCAGGAGAUGCUGGAGUGGUUGCUGGAAUGGAAGUUGGUUUUGCUUUUCUGCCAGAAAGACUUAAAAAGUAUGUAUAUGAUAUCCAGCUGAUAAAAUUGAAAUGAGUAAAUGUUUCAGAUGUCUUGAGUAAAAGGACUAGAAGGAAAAGUAGUCCUUUAAAUGCAGUCCUUUAAAAACAUUUUUACAGAUUUUCUUCUAGGAGAUCCUAAAAGAUUUGAGUUCUCUAUCAGUGAGCUCCCCAUUACAAGGAGACUAAUGAAUACAAUUACCUGACAAUUAUUGUCAGAAUAUCACUGCUGACACAUUCCUGUGAUAUACCAGACCUGUCCAGAUAAUCACUACUUUGUGAGAGACAAUUAAUAUAUAUUUUCAUAUGUAUUAAUCAUUAUAUGAAUAUAUAUUUAUUAAUUAAUCUAUAUACUCUCCCUGUAUGUGUAGGUACAGAGUUUUUGGAUAGAGCAGAGAGUAUGCCACAGUAUUCACUGCCCUCAGUCAAGUCUUCUUGUUAGGAAUUAAUUACACUGUUCUUUAGUCCCACCUAAAUAGUAAAAUUAUAUAUAGGGUUCUUGGAAAAGCCAAACUGACAAAGGGAACCUGCUAGGCAAGUUAGCCUUGAGUCACUGAUCAGUUGCCUUGGGGAAAGGAAGUUCUACAGGCAAGACUAUUGAAACAACUGAUGUCCCAGUGUUAAGCAAGAGCUGCAGCCAAAUUUCACUUCCACUUUAUCUGAAAUGUGUUUGCCAGUGACUGUAGGUACCUGGGAGAUAUUUAUCAUCCUGAUUCCUCUACCAGGUCCUCAGACCCCUAUGUUUUUUACCAGUACAUUUUUCAUAGUGACACUGACUUCAGCUACAUCUGUAUCACCUUCCAGGUGUAUCUGAAUAAUCUAUUAAUUAAUUAUGUAUAAUAUUUUAGAGCAUUGUUGCACGUCUGUGUGAGAUUGAAUAGUUUACAGUGAGGAAGGUGCCCUGCUGUGCCUGUUGUGUGCAGGCAAAGAAGGAUUGGUGGAUGAUGUGAUGGUUGGAGAUAUCUUGGGCACAGUAAUCACAGCGCACUAGCAUUUUCAGUUCUCAGAGAAGGAAGGAGGGGAGUUAACAGUUCUGCUAUCCUGGACUUCUGCAGGACAGACUUUGGCUUGUCUAGGAGACCCAGUGAAUCUCUUGGGGGACAGUCCCAGAAGGCAAAGUACUCCAGGAAAGAUGGACAUUCUUCAAGAAGCAAGUGCUACUGGCAGAGGAGGAGGUGAUUCCCAUGGACUGAAAGAUUAGCUGGUGGGGAAGACCUGUCUGGCUGGACGGAGAGUUUUUGGCCUAUGACCUUUGGAAGAAGGGGCAGGUAACUCAGGAGGACCACAAGAAUUUUGUGAGGUAAUCAGGGAGAAAAUUACAAUAGUCAAAGCCCAGCUAAAAUUUAGUCGGACUACUGCAGUAAAGAAAUGUUUCUCUAGAUAUAUUAGUAAUGACAGGAGGGCCAAGAAGAAGCUCCAUCCUUUUCUAGGUGUGGGGAGAAACAUAGUGACAAAGGACCUGGAAGAGGCUGAGGUUCUUAAUGCCUUCCUUCUGUAAUCCUUUAAUAGCUAGACCACUUGUCCCCAGGUACGCAGCCCCCUGAGCUGGAAGACAGGGACAGGGAGUGGAAUGAAGCCCCCAUAAUCCAAGGGCAAGUAGCCAGUGACUUGCUGCCACACUUGGACACUCACAAGUUUAUGGGGCCAGAUGGGAUCCACUCAAGGGUACUGAGGAAGCUGGUGGAAAUGCUCACCGAGUCACUUUCUGUCAUUUGUCAUCAAUCUUGGCUAAUUGGGGACUUGAGUAAAGCCUUUGACAGUUUCCCACAGCAUUCUCCUGGAGAAACUGGCUAGUCAUGGCUUGUACAGAUGCACUGUGAAAACCUGGUUGGUGCGUGGAGCCAGCUGGUCACUAGUAGGAUUUCCCAGUUCUGUCUUUAUCUCAAUGUGGGGAUUGGGUAUAUUCUCAGUAAGUUCACAGAUGACACCAAGUUGUGUGGGAGUGUUGAUCUGCUGGAGGGCAGGAAGGCUCUGCAGAGAGAUCUAGAGAGGUUGGAUCAAUGGGCCAAGGCCAACUGUCUGAGAUUCAACAAGGCCCAGUCCAGGUCCUGUCCUUGGGUCACAACAACCCCUUGCAGUGCUACAGUCUGGGGACAGAGCAGCUGGAAAGCCACCUGACAAAAAAAAGACCUGUGGGUAGUGGUUGGCAGUGUCUGAACAUGAGCCAGCUGUGCCCAGGUGGCCAAGAAGGCCAAUGGCAUUCUGACCUGUAUCAGGAAUAGUGUGGCCACCAGGACCAGGGCAGUGACUGUCCCCCUGUGCUUCGCACUGGUGAGGCCACACUUUGAGUUCCGUGUCCAGUUUUGAGCCCCUCACUGCAAGAAAGACAUGGAGGUGCUUGGGUAUGUCCCAAUAAGGUCGAGUUCAAAGAUGUGAAGAUAAAGCAUGUAGCUUAACUAGCAGGAAUAGGAUAGCUGUUAUAAAUUACCAAUAGAGAAAGAAGAAAUUUUUCAUUAUUUCUCAAAAUACUUUGUAGUAUGAAACUGAAGUCACUCUAUAUUAACAGUAUAGUAAACAAACCAGGUAUGUUAUAGUUGUAUAGAAGAGUUUUUGUAAAAAAAGGAAGAAUCUUAUAAAGUCAGAAAUAGUGGAUGUGUUAGAAAGAGUAUUUAAUCUAUGUAAAAAGAAACAUGACACGAAUCAAUGCUUGUAUCUGUUUGCGUUAAUUAUUCUGCUUUUGUGUUUUGUGAGUUAGCCAAAUGUGAAAGGCACAAUCUGGAAGGGUCUUUGACAGGCUUGCUGUUUGUAGAUGUUUCAGUGGUUUAAAGCAAUGUACAUUGUUCUCCAUAGUUAUGCCUUGAAACACUUUGUUUAGGAACUCAGUCUUGAAUUGUGGUGCUAGUUUUCACAAUAUCUAUAACUAUAUUGUGAGUAAAGGCUAAAGAUGACAGCUGUCCUCCUACUUCAGAGAAAUUUGGCACAUGUCAGUAUUAUUUGGCUGGAUUAUUUACAAAUUUUGAUUAUAAUAAUCAAAAGGCCCUUCUUUUGAUAUUCAUUAUUUUCCCCAAUAAUGCUGUCAUCAGGGCCUCUCCUUCUGUAUUGGAAAUUUGAAUUCUUUUUUUUUUUUUGGCACAUUGAAAGAACAAUAGCAUGGUGCUUUUGUUCCAGCUGUGUUUCUAGACCUCCUUACAUUUUAAUUUCUGCUUACAUUUUCAUCCAGCCUGGAAAGCUAAAGUAGGCCUUAAAAGCAAAUUAUUUAUGUAUUUUAGGAAGAGUGUUCAGACUUUCAUUGGUUUUGGCAUGGAUAUAUUCUGACCUUUUGUUUAAGGCUAAUUUUAGGCAUUUGAUUUCAAUGGGACACAAGCAAAAGCAGCAGUCUAAAUUCUCUCUGUAGGUAACAGAGACAUGGCAGUAUAGUCUGCAGGGGUGGAGCUGACACUGAUUGCUUCAAACUGCUGAUCAACUAAAAAUGUCUUAGAUUAAAAGACAUUUAAAUAUCUUUUAAAAUAAUUGAUACAGUUGUUACAUUUUGCAGAUGAACUGCAUGGGUUUAACCACAAGAGAGCAGUAUCAUACCAGGUCUAUGUGGCAAGUCUUAAACUAAAAGAAAUUCUGCUUUGUCAGCAUAAAGUCUCACAACAAAAUUUUAAUCCCUUUAUCUUUUUAUUUUUAUAGUGGUAUACACUAAAUUGUAGGGGUAGAUGAUUUUAUCUUAUUAGCAUUAUGAUGAACUGUAUUUAUGUGCACUUGGAUUAGUAAAAAGUCAAUACCUGGCUCAUUUAUUCUCUUCACAAAAUAAAACUGCUACUUCAUUUUCUGGGAGAACAGGCUGAAAAUUUUAUGUGGUGAGUUAGAGAAGAGCUUGACCUGGCAGAAUUUUUUUUCUGAAAAAAUAUCCUCUUUAUCCCAUGUGAAAUGGCCAUUGGAGAUUUCUCUUUGUGGUCCAGUAUGCACAUAACUUCUAGCUUAUACAAGUGAAAAUAUGCUGCUUUUUACU